AUUGGGCGAGGUUGCCUCUUGCGAAGGCAGCAGCACCUGUGGAUCGCGCGGACCGAGACGCGGGCAGCCUCGGAGGCGAAGCAGAGCGGAGCGGGUGGCGGAGUCCCGACUGGAGAGCUUCCCCCGAGGGCGAAGCGGGCUUGGAAACGGACGCGUCUGGGAGCAACUUAUACCCCCAGCCCUCCUUCCCGGCUCGAAGUCCGUACAGAGGUUGGGGAAAUGGAGACCCGGAGGACGCGUCGACUGGUCGCCGCGCUGCCCCUGUUGUGGUUCUUGGGCACCGCUUGGAUUUUAGAUUCUGCCAUUGCAAUGCAGGUCACUGUGCCGAAUCCUUUCAACGUAGCCAUCCUGUUUCAAGGUGUGACUCUACAGUGCAACUAUCAGACUACAGCAACUCAGCUUGUUAUUGUCUCCUGGAAAUACAAAUCUUACUGCCGAAGCCGCAUAGCUGAUGCUUUUAACCCCGGCAGCCAGGAGACCCAGCUCAACAACCAGCUACAAACGAACAAUCCGGGAUACAACCCUUACGUGGAAUGUCAAGACAAUUCCAGGACCGUGCGAGUUGUGGCCACUAAGCAAGGCAACGCAGUCACCUUGGGGGACUUCUAUCAGGGCCGGCGUAUUACUAUCACAAAUGGCAAGUCCCCCGGUGUUUCAGAGCUUUUGCCAGACUUUCAGAUAGGGCAAAUGGAAGAUUGGGUCUUUGUGGUCUUGGUUUUGCUGGCCUUCUUUCUGGUCUUCCUGCUCCUUGGAAUCUGUUGGUGCCAGUGCUGUCCUCAUACCUGCUGCUGCUACCUCCGAUGUCCUUGUUGCCCAGAGAAAUGUUGCUGCCCCGAAGCACUGUACAUGGCAGGGAAAGCUGCAACAUCUGGAGUCCCCAGUGUUUAUGCACCCAGUAUUUAUGCCUCCAGCAAUCCAUUGAAAACAGCUCCCCCAGGCACCAUGAUCCCCAUGGGUCCAAUGUCUCCAAUGUACAAUGGUUAUGGAGUGGAUUAUGAUCGAGCCAGCUCAGUUGGUGGAAACAGCUCCCAAGUGCCUCUCCUGAGGGAUACAGACAGUGUGGCAAAUGCUGCUGUACGCAGUGGCUAUCGCAUCCAAGCCAACCAGCAGGAUGACUCCAUGCGGGUGCUCUACUACAUGGAGAAGGAGCUGGCUAACUUUGACCCUACUCGGCCAGGGCAGCCCAAUGGGAGGCUUGAGAAAGCCUCUGUGAUGAGUGAAUUGAGUUCUCUUCAUGAAGACGAUCGCCGUUAUGAGCUGCGGCAGGGCAUGGGGAGGCUGCGUGGCCAGGCCAUGUCUCCCAUCAGUGACCUGGAGGAGGAAAGCGUACGGAGCAACGAGAGCCGGCGCUUGCUGCCCCCCGCCACUUGGCGUGACCGUUAUGAAGACUCCCCGCCCCGAAGCUAUGGCCGACGCCCGCGUUCCCGCUCAGUCGAUGCUCUAGAUGACUAUGAACGGGACUCCUAUCCUUCCCAGCACAGAGGUCGGGGCCAGCACGGCUCAGACAACGAAUGCCAUCACCGCGAUUAUUCUCCUGACUCCCGUUACGACUCUGAGCGCUAUGGUAGGCGUCGAAGUCGAAGUAGGGAUGAUCUGGAGCGAACCCAUUACGAUAACCAGCUCCUGGAGGAAGCACUGCGGAAGAAGCAGCGGGCAGGUAGCCGUGAAGACCUGGAUCACAGAAGCGCCUCCAAUGGGAGAACCGGCCACAGGAAAAAACGGGAUGAAGAUAGCAGUGGCUUUCCUCCUCCUCCACCACCUCCGUACACAGAGACCGAAUCUGUGUCUUCCCGCGGCAAGGAAGACCGCAAGCUGCGAAGGAAUCAUGCUGUCAGCAGAGAAAGCUUGGUGGUUUAAUUCGUUCUGCUCUUUCUGGAAUAUGAGAGAUUCUGUGUUUUGAAUGGCUACAGGAACACUCUUCAUGUGUCAGCAUCAGUUUUAUUCAGGAGAAUAAAAGAUGAAACGCCACAGCAUUUAUGCUGGAUCUGAGCAGCCAUUAAAAAAUCCAGGCUGACUGCACCCGAUCACCUCUCAAUGUCUGAGCUCAUCUUCAUCAGAGGCAGGCUACGAUCCUUCAAGAUUCCUUCAGAUUCUCGUAGUAUUAUAGACAUUUUAAAAAUACAUUUUUGGGUGCCCCUUUUGAAUUUCAGAGCUAUGUGUUUCUGAAUGCUAUUCUGGAAAGAGGAUCAUUUCAGAUGUGAUCGCUGGAUACUGUUCAGACAGAAAGAAAUUGUUUUAUUUCAUCGAAUGCCCCAUGGACACCUAACGUGUCUUUUAUUUUUUUUGCCCCCCUGUAAUUUUGAAGAGGAUUCCAAAGAAGAUGAAUUUAUAUGUAAUACCUUUUUCAUUCUGAUUUUAAAGGAGUUCUUUAAACACACUUGCUACUUAAAUGAUGUGACUCUGUAUAAUUUUAGGGGUUUUUAGAAUCCGAGUAUGAAACUACUGAUGCUGUAAAUAUUUAAGUGAUAAGUGAGCAAGAUUUUUUUUACAAUUUUUUGUUUUUAAAAAAAAGAGAUUACAUUUUUAUAGGAAUGAAAAUAAAAAUGAACAGAGCACAUGUAUCGGCUAGGUUCAGCAUUUUCAGAACGGACUGAAAUUCUUCCUGUUACCAGUCUUUAGUCCAGUCUUUCCAGCCCUUAUAUCUUCCAGGUGUGUGAGGUUGCAUAUUGGACAUCUAAACAUUCAUUCUGAAAGUUACCCACCAUAUUGGAGGACAUGAGAAAAUGUGAAUGAUUCGUUCUGCUAUUUUCACAAUAAUAAAUAACAGAUUCCUGCAGUUGCUGUUUAUUUUGAAAACUGUCACCUGUGCAUUGCUGGAUGACGUACAUCCAUCUUUUCCUGGAACUUGUCGUUAAGUCCUCUGUGGCAGUUUUACAGAGAGAAAAAUUAAAUAUAGAUGGAUGAUACUCUAGAACUGUCCAGCGGGAGGCAAUAAUUCUUGUGUGGAAUUAUAACACAAUGGGACAAUCUUAUGAGUUGCUAGCACAGAAUGUCUUUGUGUUCACCAGCCAGAUUAGCUACCUUUACAUAUCUUGUUGAAUGGCCAUAAGAAACAACAAAGACUACCUUCACUCUUCAAUGCCUUCACAAUGUAGAGAUGUGCUUUGUGAAUAAAAAGCGAGAUUUUUCAA